GAGGUAGCGCGCUGAUUGGCUGCGGGGGGUUGAAUGUAAGAUGGCGCCCAGGGAGCUGUGAGGGGAAAAGACUCGGGGCCGAGGCGGCGGCGGCGCGAGUCUGCGGCGGCAGCGGGACCGGGCUGAGAACGUUACAAGUCUAAGAGCUCAGGACAAGAGCAGCAGAAAUACAUGCACCAUGGUGACUGGUGAGAGCUUCCUUGUGACAGCUUGUGGCAGGGGAAGAUUCUCAAGACCAGAAUGGUAGGCUGACUGUGGUGCUGAUUAGGAUGGAGCAGCUGAGCAGGGAACCCUCAGGACCUUGCAAUAUGAAUAAUUCUCUGGAGAACACCAUUUCCUUUGAAGAAUACAUCCGUGUGAAGGCACGAACGAUCCCCCAGCACAGGAUGAAGGAGUUCCUGGACUCCCUGGCUUCCAAGGGGCCGGAAGCUCUGCAGGAGUUUCAGCAGACAGCCACCACCACGAUGGUGUACCAGCAGGGAGGCAACUGCAUUUACACGGACAGCACAGAGGUGGCCGGGUCUUUGCUUGAACUUGCUUGCCCUGUGACAACCAGUGUCCAGCAGCAAACUCAGCAAGAGCAGCAGAUACAGGUUCAGCAACCCCAGCAAGUCCAGGUUCAGGUCCAGGUCCAGCAGUCACCGCAGCAGGUCUCCGCCCAGCAGCUCUCUCCACAGCUCACUGUCCAUCAAGCUUCUGAGCAGCCGAUACAGGUCCAGGUGCAGAUCCAAGGCCAGGGGCAGCAGCAGGCCUCCCAGACAAUACAAAGUCAAUGUCUUCAGAGCCCCAGCCCAUCUCAGCUGCAGGCAGCUCAAAUCCAAGUGCAGCAUGUGCAGACUGCCCAGCAGAUCCAAGCUGCAGAGAUACAGGAGGAGCACAUACAACACCAGCAGAUCCAGGCACAGCUUGUUGCAGGACAGGCCAUCACAGGUGGUCAGCAGAUCCAGAUCCAGACAGUGGGGGCAUUGUCACCUCCACCUUCUCAACAAGGCUCUCCGCGAGAGGGAGAGAGGAGGAUCAGCACCGCUAGCGUCCUUCAGCCGGUGAAGAAACGCAAAGUGGAUAUGCCUAUUACUGUAUCGUAUGCUAUUUCAGGGCAGCCAGUUGCCACAGUGUUGGCCAUUCCUCAGGGCCAGCAACAAAGUUAUGUCUCUCUAAGGCCAGACUUGCUAACAGUGGACAGUGCCCACCUGUACAGUGCCACUGGGACCAUUACUAGCCCCACUGGAGAGACUUGGACCAUCCCUGUUUACUCUGCUCAGCCACGUGGUGACCUUCAGCAGCAAAACAUAACCCACAUUGCCAUCCCUCAGGAGGCCUACAAUGCUGUCCACGUCAGUGGCUCCCCAACGACACUGACCACAGUGAAGCUGGAAGAUGACAAGGAUAAGAUGGUGGGAAGUACUUCAGUAGUGAAGAACUCUCAUGAGGAAGUGGUGCAGACUCUUGCUAAUUCACUCUUUCCAGCGCAGUUUAUGAAUGGCAACAUCCACAUUCCAGUGGCAGUGCAGGCUGUGGCCGGGACAUACCAGAACACAGCACAGACAGUGCACAUAUGGGACCCGCAGCAGCAACAGCAGCAGCCCACACCCCAAGAGCAGGGGCAGCAGCAGCAGCAACUACAAGUCACUUGCUCAGCUCAGACUGUUCAGGUUGCUGAAGUAGAACAGCAGCAGCAGCCGCAAACUUCACCUGAACUUCUGCUUCCAAACUCUCUGAAGCCAGAAGAAGGGCUUGAAGUGUGGAAAAGCUGGGCACAGACAAAGAAUGCAGAGCUGGAAAAAGAAGCCCAAAAUAGGCUAGCACCUAUUGGAAGACGUCAGCUGCUGAGGUUCCAGGAAGAUCUCAUAUCUUCUGCUGUGGCUGAGCUGAAUUAUGGUCUAUGUUUAAUGACACGAGAAGCACGGAAUGGUGAUGGUGAACCGUAUGAUCCAGAUGUGCUGUAUUAUAUCUUCCUGUGUAUUCAGAAGUAUCUCUUUGAAAACGGGCGAGUAGAUGACAUCUUCUCGGAUCUCUACUAUAUUCGCUUCACUGAAUGGCUGCAUGAGGUUCUCAAGGAUGUACAGCCUCGUGUUUCCCCCCUUGGUUAUGUCCUCUCUAGUCAUGUAACAGAGGAGAUGCUGUGGGAGUGUAAGCAGCUGGGAGCUCACUCCCCUUCCACCUUACUCACUACGCUGAUGUUUUUUAAUACAAAAUACUUCCUGUUGAAGACAGUAGACCAGCACAUGAAGCUGGCCUUCUCCAAGGUAUUGAGGCAGACCAAGAAGAACCCUUCCAAUCCCAAGGAUAAAAGCACGAGUAUCCGCUAUCUGAAGGCUCAUGGUGCACACCAGACAGGCCAGAAAGUUACAGAUGACAUGUAUGCAGAGCAGACUGAGAAUCCAGAGAACCCCCUGAGGUGCCCGAUAAAGCUGUAUGACUUCUACCUCUUCAAAUGCCCCCAGAGUGUGAAAGGCCGGAAUGACACGUUUUACUUGACUCCGGAGCCAGUGGUGGCCCCCAACAGCCCUAUCUGGUAUUCCAUCCAGCCGAUCAGCAGAGAGCAGAUGGAGCAGAUGCUCACCCGGAUCCUGGUGAUACGAGAGAUUCAGGAAGCUAUUGCCGUGGCUAAUGCCAGCACCAUGCACUAAGGCAUCCUUCUUGGCUCAGAAGGGGUGGGGUGGGGUGAUGGGGGAGGGACAAGCAAAGAAUUGUACAGACUUUUACACUAAAGGAGAUGCCUAAGUUUUUGGUUUUUUAUUGGUGUAGCUAUGAAGCCCUUUUAGGCUUCUUCUCUUUAAAAGAAUCUAAAGGAAACCUACCCAUUGUGUAUCCUACCCAACACACCAAACUGUUGGAAUCAUUGGAGGCUGCAUAUCCCCUGCAAGCUGGGAGCUGUGGAAAGCUGCUGGUUGACUCUGAUUUUUUUUAUGAUGUAGAAAAUAUGAACUACAGGAUUGGCCUGGAUGACUGGGGCCUCUGUCUCCUUGGAGCACGUGCAGCCUAGAGGGCACAGAAUGAUGGAUGGACCUGCUCAGCCAGUGGAAGAGAGGCAGGCAUCUUCUUUUCUUGUGCUUGGACAUUAAUUUGCUGUUAUCUUGGAAGGAAGAGGAGAGAGUGAACUACAAUUGUCAUUUAUACAAAGAAAACAAAAAACAAACAAACAUUGAUUUCUAUUCAGACCUUUAAGUGACAUUUUUAGAUGUUAAAAGUACAAACUUUACCACACUUCUUUUUUUUGGCCUAAUACUGAGGCCUUAAACCUUGAGGCUCCUGUGCCUGAUGGAAUUCUUGUAACAUACACUUGUGUAUCAUAUAAAGAUACCACCCUGUUUCUCUUAUGUAUUCUUACUCUAGUUGUUUAUUAAGAAUGAUGAGCACGUCUUUUCAACAUGCCAUUGAACAAUGUGUCUUUAUUUGGGGAAGAGUGAGCUGUGAGGGUGGGGGGGUCGUUAAACAAAGAUCAGUAUGCAAACUGGUUGUUUUCAUCCCUGUUUGUGCUUUCCAGCUUGAGUCUGCUGGACUUCUUUCACCCUGACAAAUUAGGAAGGUAGAAGGGGAUUAAAUUCUAUUAAAGGACCUGGCUGUCUGCUGAUGGAAGCUUGGUAUCAGGCUAGGAACAUGGAUCUGUGAGACCAGAUCAGGCUGUCAGUCUGUCCUAAAUGUUCUGUGGCUAGCCUGUGAGGCUUCACUCCUAGGCAAAUCCCCCUCUCCCUGCCUUUACAAACACGCCAUAGCAACUGUGUCAGAGGGAAAAGGGCCUUCCAGGGCAUUCUGGGAGCAGCUUGUGGCUUACUCCUGCCAUGUAACAGCUUCUUCAGAGUUUAACACAGCUGUGUAGCUUCUGUCAUCAUUCAUGAUCAUAAACCCCAACCAUGUAGCCUUGCCUUCCUGCAUCUUCAAUAGCUGCUGUAUUCUAUAUUAUUAACAAAUAGUCUGCUCUUUUGAAGCCAGUGGGUAGCCAGCUGUGCUUGAAAUGGGAGAUCACUCUAGCCAGGCUUGUGAUUUGUGCCAUCAGCUUCUUGGAUGCAGAGAGGUGACUCUGUUUCUUGAACUUGUCUUACCUGCUUUUCCAUCUCCUGUCCCUUCCCUGUUCCAAGAUACAUGGAUAGAUAUCUACUUAUAUAUGUAUUACAAUAAAAGAACUUGUUUACAGGCAAGCAACUUUUUUGAAGCUUCUGUUGGCCAACACUUGUUUGUAUUGAGAAGGAAGAUUUGCCGUCUCCAUUGGAUGUGUAAAUCUGCACAUAGAAUGAGAAUAGGAAUAAUGUUGUCUACUUCUGUGCUCUUGAUCCUUGUAGAGGUGUGUGGCCCUAGCGAGACUUCAGGCCUCUGAUGCUUCAUGUUGGCAGUGUCCAUGAGAAAGCAGAUGUGCUCGAAUUGGUUGUAUGAUUAGUUUGUUCCCUGUAUAGGACUCUGCGCUUAAGGAAGUGCAGAGAGGUAAGGUAGCCACUCACUUAUUACUGAUACCUGCACUCUAACAUAGACUUACUUAUAGCUUAGUUUCUCACCUCAGAGUUAUGCAAGGGGAAAAUAACAUUGGGUUGGUGUCCACAUCCUGGUGGGUAAGUUGGGAAGAUGGUGUCUGGAUGGUGUGUCAUGUUGACAGCAUCUACCUUCAGUGAAAUUCAGCCAUUGGGAGCCAGCAGCUGCCUCCUGGUAAGGCAGCUGUCAGGAUUGCUAGUGCCAUUUCAGCUGUCAGAAGCCUAUAAUCCCUUUACCAUACUGUAGCUACUUAAUGGCCCUAACUCAAGUAUUUAAGGAUGUGGUGAGGGGCCUGCUCCCACUGUUUCAAACAGGUGGGAGUGGUUGUUGUUGAGGAUGCUGCACGGGCUUGCACAGAGCAGACUUCCCAUUCUUUUGGGCAGCUUGCCCUAUCUUCAGAAGAGAGACACAGUGAUGUGAGAGAAACUGCAGAUUGACCGCUUGUGCUCAAGUCCUGGUGUGUGCUCUGCAAUAGUGCAUGUGAAACUAGCUCCAGCAUGCCUGCACUCGUGUGAGCCUGCUGCUUGCUCUGUCUCCAUCAGAAAUGCAGUGGGUAUUUGAGUCAUCUGCCGGGUACUAAGUGUGCAAACCACUUCAUUAAGUGGCUUUGAGAGUCACUUUACUCUAAAAAUUGCCAGAAGCUGCAAUAACUUAAGAGAGUAUCAGGGCGAUUUCAGGUUAGAGAUGAACAGAUAAUUCAGCUGAAGUUUCAGGAGAAACAAAAUUCCACAUUACCUAAAAAUAAAAAAUCCUAGACGGUGUGUUCUCCUGACUGCCCUUAAGAGCACAAUGAUCUGAAGUCUUGGUAAGAGAAGAGUUCUCCUUGGCCUUGGACUAUACAGCUUAAGAGCGAAGGAACUUGUCUGUGCUGAGCUGUGGAGCUCUCCUAGCGAUUGGUUGUGUUCUGACAGACUGAAGUGUUUCCAUUACUUUCUUGUUGUUUGGACAUAUAUAAGAGAUGAACUUGCUGACUUAGUAGUGGACUGCUGUACUGUUCUGUACCGUCUCAUCAGAAUGUCCACUGUGUUAAUUCAUUCCCUAUUUUCAGAGACAAUCGAUAUACUGUGACUUAAGGAUUAUUUUUCUGGGCCUGGCUUCUAGUCUGGCUCUCUGGAGCUAGUUUAAAAGGUACAGUAUUUCUGGAAUAUAAAUACUAUGUUCUUUGAUAGUAAAGAACAGUAUCUGCUCCCUUGUAGGGGCUCAUAGGAAGGCGUGCACAGAGUGGCACAGUGCUGUGGCGUGGGGUUGCUAUCCAAGUUCUGGGAGGUGUUCCCAGUCAAACAUGUAAAAUAGCUUUUUAACACUUUCCUAUAACCAGCUUGUUUGCUGCUUAAAGGGCAUUCCACCUAAGCUCCAAGAGUGCCAAACUGCUAGCUCUUGUACGCGUGUAUAUAUUAAAUGAGAACUCUCCAUGCCCUAUGCCUUGUUUGAGGCAGGCUGAAAAUGCAUCAAUCUUUAAAUAACUAAAGCUGAGGAAGUCGAGCUAGAAGACCCUGCAUUGUUGGUUUUGAAUUAUGCCCAUCUUGUCUCUCUGAUAUGAAAGGAACUGUAGAAGGCAGAGUAUGACUGACUAUUGUAAAGCACCUCACACUCUGACAUUAGGCUCAUGUAUUGUCCUACCUCUUGACACUAAUAGCAUUGCUUUCUUAAAGAACACUGUAGCCUCUCUUACACACUUGUCUGUGGCAGCAUUAGAUUUUCAUUUACUUUCAAAAGUUCAAGUAUUUCCUUUAAGCAGUAAUGGCUGAAACGGCAGAGAACAGACGAGAGAGGGGUUCUUUACCUUUGCUUGAAGUGGUGAGUGAAAGGAACAGUCUAAAAGUGGCCUAAAAUGGCACUUGUCUGAUGGCUGCUUCAGAGAUUUCUUUGGUUUCUGAAGUAGAUCCUGCUUUGGGCCAAUGAAAAAGACUUAAUCUGAUCCCUAAAUAAGAAUCCACUUCCGCGCUGUUGCUCUUAGGGCAGAAUUAAAGUCUUUUCUCAGCUGCAUCAGGGCUACUAACUGCCUCGGCGUGCUUAGAAUGAAUCAGGCCAUCUUCAGGCCUCCUGCACAGUGGUAAGAACAGCUUCAAAAAUGGCAGAAAUGAGCCCUCUGAGCUUAAAUGCAGUGCAGCCUUCCUGAUACUGCAGUCGCUCAUCUUCUUGCUGGUCUGAGUGCUGCUGGAUGCUAACGGACUCUGCAUUGUCAUCUGAUUUUAAUAGUGACUUACUUGCAAUUAGUGUUUGGGCUCUUAAAUCACUGUUACAGAGGGAUGUAAACUGUCUUCCACCCUAUAUGGGACUCUUCUUCCCAUCUUCUUGCUGGAGCUGCUCCUCUCAAGUACUACAGGGAACGUACCUUAUCCAGUUGUUUCAGCCUGUUCUGUCUCACUCGUGCCAAUGCAUAGGAAACAGCCCUCAGCUGCUGGCAGUGCUAAGUUGAGCAUCUUCCUCCCUUAACAAGCAUCUUCAGUUUUCUUCCAGAAGUUUCACAGACCCGCUGCCUCCAGUCUGUGCAGCGGCUGCUGAGUCCCCUCCCCGUCAGUUCCCCUCUGCUGUGUGGCUGAAGCUCAGCUCUCAGCACUGCGGCCGCUUUCCCUGUAAUAACCUUGUGCAUGGCAGCGAGUUUGCCUGCUUCUGUUCUUGUUUGAGCUCAUCGGGAUGGGGAGGCAGAUCGAACCCACUUACAGCAGCAAUAAACCGCGUCUAGAUCUCAAGAGGGAACUGCAGGAGAGAACGAGGUGGAGAGGAUGUCUGAGAAAGGCAGGGUCCAUUUGCAGCCCAGAGCCUCGCUUGAUAAUGAGUGUGCAGCCUAUAUGCAAAAUACGUCUUGUCUGUCCCUCCCAUGUUGACCCUGAUCUAAACAGCACAUGUGAUUGGCAUCCUGCAAAGUGACCUUCAGAACUCUCCAGUAGCUUUGCCCCGUGAGUAACUCACACUACAAAUCAUUUUAAAGAGAUGCACUCAACUAUUUUUUUAAUUUAAUUUUACUCUUAUAUUCUCUGCUCUUUGUAAUCUGCUUGGAAAUAAAAUGUUUUUCCCUGCA